AACAGUUAUAAUGUGGAGCUUGAAGAAACCGCUCACGAAACGUCUCAAGCUCAAAGCUUGGUUAAAGGAAGGACCAUCUUCUUACCAUCUGCAAUAUGUGGAGCGGUUCAAGCUGCUUCAUAAUGCCCUUCAUUGGUUACUACUCAUCUCCGUUCUGGCGAAUACUGCACCUAUUACUAUUCUUCCCGGCAGCCCCAAUAGAUUCUAUCGAUUGAUCCAUCUACUAUGGAUGAUCAUUUGGUAUGGAAACUUCGCCAUGGCCUCCUACGUUGAAUUCGUGCUCGUCACUAUAAACAGAGUUUCACUGGAUCGCUACCUAAAUUCCAUUGAAUCUGGAGUCUAUGUGAUCCAUAUAUUUGUUAUCAUGCUUCUCACUUGGCAAUGGAGGAACUCGGUUCCAAAAGUCAUACAGGGUAUUGUAAGAUCGGAUCUGGAAAGGGGCUAUGACAUAGAUUGUCAGAGAACCAAGAGGUUUAUUAAGCUGCAGCUGUUUCUGUUGGGGAUUUUCACCUGUCUGGCCGUUAUCUUAGAUGUCUGGAGUAAAAAAUUUGUGAUACCUAGGUCGCUCUUGAGUAUUAACAGCUAUGUGCUGCCCAAUAUCAUAAGCAGUUUAUCCUUUAUUCAGUACUACCUUCUGCUCCAAGGAAUCGCAUGGCGUCAGAGGAAGGUAACCGAAAACCUGGAGCGGGAAAUAUUCCACUUACUUAACCCUCGGAAAGCGGAGAUCCAAAGAUUUCGCCUGCACCACGCAGAGCUGACAAAUUUUACCAGAUUGGUGAACCGCACUUUUCAGUAUUCCAUUGUACUCCUCUUUGUGGGAUGUUUCUUGAACUUUAACCUGGUCUUGUUCCUGGUUUAUCAGGGCAUUGAGAAUCCAACGAUAACCGACUUGGGUAAGUGGAUCUACAUGCUCCUCUGGUUGGCCAUGCACUUGGGAAAGGUUUGCAGCAUCCUGCACUUCAAUCAGAAGAUAAAGAACGAGCAAUCCAAGUGUUUGACCUUAUUAAGCGGCGUCUCGUGCUCUGGCAACGAUCUUCAGGAUACUAUUAACCACUUUAUUCUUCAAAUGCGAACGAAUAUACGACAGCAUGUGGUGGGAGGAGUAAUAGAUCUGAACCUCAAAUAUUUAACAGCGCUGCUAGUAGCCUCUGCUGAUUUUUUCAUCUUUCUGCUGCAAUAUGAUGUAACCUAUGAGGCUUUAGCUAAAUCGGUUCAGGGAAAUAUCACUAAAAAUUAA